AUGAGUGGAAAAAAUAUUAAUAUUGUACAAAAUUACUACAAACCUAAACGCGGAUUUGAAAAUGAAGACCAAAAACGCGAGCAUCAUAACCAAUUGGAAAGAAAGCGCCGAAAUGAAAUGAAAUUCUACUUCGAAAAAUUAAGAAGUACUGUCAAUCAGAUAGAUCAUGCGACUAAACCUGUGAUUUGCAGGAAGAAAAUCUUGACAAAAGCCGCUGACUAUAUCAUGAAGACAGGAAAUAACAUCCAUUUACUUCGAAAUGAUAUAUCGGAGCUUAAAAAGCAAAAUAGUCUUCUAGAAGCUGAAGUAAAAAACCUUGAAAAACAAAAAGCCCUCCUAACGGACGACGAAAGAAAGUUACUCGAUGAGCUUGAUCAAGAUUCAUCAAAGUCGUCGGAGUCGUCGGAGUCGUCGGAGUCGUCGGAGUCGUCGGAGUCGUCGGAGUCGUCGGAGUCUGAUGACGAAUAA